AUGAAACGUGACACCACGUGUGCUUGUGUCUUCCAUUGUCCCUCAGAUGCUCUGGGUCUGGGCGCCUCUGCCUCUGCUUAAAAUAGGGCCCACGUCACCUCUGCGUGAUAUAAACCACGGCUAUCGGCCUAGGCCUUGUGAUUUACAUCCUCUCCCCGUUUCAUCAUGUUGUCGUCUCAGACCGCGGCCAUCAAGGUCUCCAAAAAAGGGGAUGGGAAGGUGAUCAUCCUAUUCAGUCGUGAUUCAGAGGCAUGGGCAGAAUACCUCAGUAUCACAUUUCCUCAGUGGUGUUCCCAGCUUCCCAAUUGGAGCUUGCAGAAACCUCUUAAGGUGGAAAAGGCAGCUGUAGAAAAUCUUAUCUUGCCACUUUCUCCCGUGGUGGUGAAGCAGGUGAAGGAACGAUCGGUUUUGCAGCUGGUUCUGAUAUCUCCAUCGUUCCUGGAUUGGAUUGUUGGCCAUCCAGAAGUCCUCAUUGGCACAAUGCUAUGCCCAAGAAAAGUGCUGGCUAUGCAUUCAGGCAUCACUCCUCAAAAACUCACCACACAGCAUAAGUCUGUUCUGAUCACAUAUGAUGAAUGGGAGAAAACAGAAGCCCUCAGUGAAGAUAUGGAGUUUGUGACAGGGUUCUUUCAUCGUGCUUAUGAAAUCUUGGAGCGAAACCUGGCUCAGCUGCAAGCCCAAAAUCCUAGUGCUUCUUUCAAGUUGCAUCCAACCAAAGUUACCUCAAGCCAGAGGAAGGUGAUGGUGGUACUGUCAGACCCUGUUUCAAAGCCAGAAGCUGUCCCUGAAGUUUUGAUUCAUUCUCCAGAUGGAACCGAGACCACAAUGAGUGGUGUGGUGCUGAAAAAUCCAUAUACGCUUUCAUUUGUUAUCCCAGGCAGCUUCAUGGGGUCAUCCUGCUUGCUGCAAGUGGAGGUGCGAGACAGGGAGAAGGCAAGAUCACUUGGGAAGAAGUCUCUCAAAUGUCAGAGCCUCAUGGGAGAGCUGGAUGACAUCCUUCACACAGCAAUAAAACCCCUACAGUUCAUGUGUCAGACUUUGGGGAUAUCUCCUGCAUGCAUGGAGAAGUUGGACACCGUCCUGGCUAGAAGAUUCCAUAAGGCAGGUCCAUCUCAUGGCUGGUCUUCCUUCCCUCAAACUUUGCCAUCCACAAGGAAGUGUGAAGACAGGUAUCCAACAGUGCUUCAUUUUGCCUGUGAGCAUGGUCUGAUGGCACUGGUGUCAGCAAUGCUAGAGCAGCCUGGGGCGAUCACAGCUGCAGCUAUUCCAAAUGGUGACAAUCUCUCACCUGCUGACUUGGCUGAGGCCAAUGGACAUCGCAACAUUGCUGCUCUCCUCAAGAACUCUCUGGCAUUGGCCCAGAUGCCAAGUUUGCAGAAUUCAGGGAUGCAGCUUCCUGGGAAGAGAAAGGAGUCCUUGAAUGGCACCAUGUCGAGCAAGCCUAAAGCAGAGGGAGUGAAGGGUGAGGAUGAGUUGCAGUACAUGAAUGUGAGUGGAGACUAUGACAUACCAAGGGAUACACUCUACUCCAUCCCCCCCUCUCCAAGACCUGCCAGGGGUCCUGCUCACCCUAAUUAUCUCACCCUUCUUGGUGAUACACUAUUACCAGUGAGGGAUGUGGUAGCUCAGGUGGGGAAGGAGGAGAAGAAGGAAGAUGUUUUCAAGGAGAUCCUUGAGGAGUUCAAGAAGGAUAAAUAUUCUGUUGAUGAAGUCAUGGCUGUCUUUGAGGUCUUCCAGGCCAAACUUGGGCAAAAAUUGGGGGACUCAAAGAAGCCACGCCAAACACUCCAGGACAAGCAGGGCCUCUUCAAAGGCUUUCCUUGGAGCAUGAAGCGUGGAUCCAAGAAGACCCAGAUGUCCACACAAAGUAAUGGCACCAGUUUGGAGACUCCUUCCUCGAAGCAAGAGGCUAAAGCUAUCAAGCCCAAGGCCUUCCAGAAUGAAAUGUACUUUAUGGAUGGUCAAAAUUCGCAUUCCAGCAUUCCAAAACUGCCUUUGAGGGGCACAACUGGAUCUGAGGCUUGCAUGAACCCUUCAGAAUAUGUUCAUCCUGACCCCCACAGAGGCAAGUCCUGGUCCGAGGAUAUCAUUGUCAGUCCCUGAGCUGAGAAGUGUUUCCCAGUUCUCCCCUUCAUACUACAUGGACAUGGGUGCCUCUGCUCCAUUUGGCAUUCCUGGGAAUGUGACACAAGACACUGCAUUGUAUCAUCCAUACAAGACAAGUCUCUUGUGUCCAUGAGCAUUGCCACUCCUAUACUAAAUGCAACAUGGUGGACUGGAUUCCUGUUAAAUGGGGUUACCACUACUUGGAAAUCCCCUGCCAUUGGCUUGCAUGACUUCAUCUACUUCUCAGCUUGACGGACUCUGCUCAUUGGUGAUUUAGGAGAGGAGUGAAACCCAUGGGAGUCUUGUCAUGACCAACUCAUCAAGAAAUAAACGGUGCUUUUUUUUACAUUCAUUUUGACAUUAUGCCUUGUUUUUGUG